CUCUCACCGCUGACUAUUAGGCACAGCUCAGGCUGUUCCUGUCACUAUUACAUCUAUUAUAUAAUAAUAAUUAUUUAUUAUUUGCAUAGUAUCUUUGUUUUUUUAAUUCUCUCUCAGAUUUUGAGAGGCCUUUUUAGAUCUCUACCGCAAGCUUAGCUAGUACUGCUCUCUCUCUCUGUACUGUUUCCGUGCAGCAGCAGCGGCAGCAGAGUUUUACUAGCCUAGCCAUGGCGGUCACCGGAGUUUCCUUUUUUCCCGCCACUUUAUCGCCGGUAAUCCGCCGGGAUUUUACGCCGUCGGUCGGAAAGUUUAGCAAGUCAAAUCCGAUUUCCUUUCGGCGACUCGCUGUUUCCACCGAGCAAACGCAAACGCAAACGCCAACGCCAACGACGACAGCGACUCCGACUCCGACUCCGACGCGUCGUUUAUCGGAGAAAAGUGAGGAAUUAGGAGAGGCAGGAGUAGCGGCAAGUGAUGAUGAGGUUGAGCAGAAUGGGAGGGUGUUGAAGGAAUACUUUGAGCGGUCAAAGGAGUUGAUAAGCAGAUCGGACGGUGGUCCGCCUCGGUGGUUCACGCCCUUAGAGUGUGGUCCUCCGUUGAAGAACUCUCCUCUGCUUCUCUUUUUGCCUGGCAUUCUUGGCGUCGGGCUUGGACUUAUUAAGAAUCAUCGCAGAAUUGGAAAGAUUUUUGAGACAUGGUGCUUGCACAUUCCUGUCAUGGAUCGAACACCAUUUACAGACCUGGUGAAGCUGGUGGAAAAAACUAUUCGGUCAGAGAACAACCGUUCACCCAAUAGACCUAUAUAUCUUGUUGGGGAAUCUUUUGGAGGAUGCCUUGCUUUGGCUGUAGCAGCUUCUAAUCCUGAUAUUGAUCUUGUGCUAAUUUUGGCUAACCCAGCUACGUCUAUUAGCCGAUCUCAACUACAACCGUUAAUGACAUUAUUGGAAUUCAUUCCCGACCAACUCCCUUUUAACCCUCCUAACAUGUUGAGUUUGAUGACAGGUCAACCUUUGAGGACGGCAAUAGAGAGCGUGGUGAAGGGACUUCCUCUGCAACAAACAGUUGGAGAGCUAUCACAGGAUCUUGAUGCAAUUUCAUCUUACCUCUCUGUUCUGGCUGAUAUCUUACCCAGAGAAACACUUCGCUGGAAGCUGCAGAUGCUUAAAUCAGGUUCGGCAUUCUCCAAUUCACGCCUGCAUGCUGUAAAAGCUCAAACGUUGAUACUUUGCAGUGGAAGGGAUCAGUUGCUACCUAGUCAAGAGGAAGGUGAAAGACUAUGUCAUGCACUUCCAAAAUGUGUGAUUCGUAAGUUCAAUAACAGGGGUCAUUUCCUCUUCUUGGAAGAUGGUAUUGAUUUGGUAACUAUCAUCAAGGGUGCUAGCUUCUAUCGCCGUGGAAAAUACCUUGACUAUGUUUCAGACUACAUGCUACCAACUCCUACUGAGUUCAAAAAUGUAGUGGAAGACAACAAAUGGAUUGGCACUUUUACUAGCCCUGUUAUGCUAUCAACUUUAGAGGAUGGGAAGAUUGUGAGGGGCCUUGCCGGAAUACCUUCAGAGGGCCCAGUCUUGCUAGUAGGCUAUCACAUGUUACUGGGAAUUGAAUUGGUUCCCUUGGUAGCCAAUAUUUUUCGGGAAAGAAAUAUCCUUGUGAGGGGGAUAGCACAUCCAAUGAUGUUUGUGAAAAAAGACAAUACACGAGAAAUGUUACCUGAUGUGUCACAAUUUGACACAUUCAGAAUGAUGGGGGCAGUUCCUGUCUCAGCAUCUAACCUAUUCAAGCUUCUGUCUUCAAAGUCCCAUGUCCUGCUGUAUCCAGGAGGCAUGCGUGAGGCUCUUCAUCGGAAGGGUGAAGAAUACAAGUUACUAUGGCCAGAACAGUCUGAGUUUGUCAGGAUGGCUGCAAGAUUUGGAGCCAAAAUUAUACCUUUUGGUGCUGUUGGAGAAGACGAUAUAAGUGAAGUAGUUUUUGAUUAUGAUGACCUAAUGAAGAUUCCUUACUUCAAGAAUCAAAUAGAGAAGCUAACAAGUGAGGCUGGAAAUAUAAGGACUGAUACUACUGGGGAGGUGGCAAACCAAGAUGUACAUUUGCCAGGAAUUCUACCAAAAUUUCCUGGUCGGUUUUAUUAUUACUUCGGCAAACCCAUUGAAACAGAAGGGAUGAAGCAGGAAUUAAAAGACAGGGACAAAGCUCAUGAAUUAUAUUUACAAGUCAAGUCUGAGGUUGGAAGGUGCCUUGCUUAUUUGAAGGAAAAAAGAGAAAGCGAUCCUUAUAGAAAUUUAUUGUCUCGGUUAAUUUACCAGACCACACAAGGCUUUACAUCUGAAAUUCCCACCUUUAAACUUUGAAUUUUUUGCUCAUUGGAGCUGUAUACACCAUUUUCUUUUUCCAAUGAUGCCCAUGAACUUUUCCUGGGAUGAUGUACACAUAGCGUACGAUAUAAACUCCAGGUGUGGUGUUGGCAUUGAUUUUACUCUCCUUAGGGAAGAGCUUAGGAUUUUUUUGUUUUUGAUUAUAGAUUGACCAACCUAUGAUUAUAGGGAGGGGUUACAGACAGUGUAGCAAAGUAGUGGUCUACUUGUCUAUCGAUCAAA